UUCGCAACUCGUUCUGCACGAUUCAUUGAUGCUUAUCAAAAGGGAUUAAACGGUGUGAGAGCUGCAUGGGCUAUCAAGAGGUACCGAGGGCAUUGUGUCCGACUCCUUCCUCCCAGCAUCAUGCAAGAAUUUGAUGAUGCUCACUCGACUGCCUGA